AGGCAGCCUGCUGGAGACACUUUCCCCCAAAUUGUAGCUUUGACUCUCGGAGAUGGGGCAGACAGUCGUAGGGUGAAGCGAUACACUCGAGCGGCAAAGAUUGUUGUGCGGGCAAAGUGUCUCUUGUUGAAGCUUCUCCCACACGGACGGUCACCGAGGAUAUUUCAGGCUGUGUGUUGGGUAAAUAAAGAUCAGACUUCGCUCUCCAAAACCUCAGUGCGGCGCGCAAGAACAAGAGGAACAAGGAACGCCUCGGGACUGCGCUUGAUACUGUUUCCACGAGCUUGAUGGGACUAAAUAAAUCCGUCACAGAAUAACAUGAAAUGCGGCCAGUGUUGACUCCAGUGUGUCAUUCAGGAGGCAGAAUUGAUCUUGAGUGAAUCCCAACGCAGUGCGGCGGACAGACUGGAGCGACCGGGGCACAGGGGCGAAACACGGUUGUCUGCUAUUCCGCCGUCUUUCAAAUUCUAGAGGGGCGAGAAAGAAGUGAGAUAACAUUUUAUCUUUACAGCCGGCACGCUGACUUAUUGGACUGACUUUUCCAAGAGGUCACACUCUGAAGAACAACGUGUUUAUGGAUUGCUGCGCAGCUAGGAACACCCGGAGUUGUAAGCUACGCUCGCAUGCGUCGAUCAUGUUGAUACCUCGCUGUUGCUGUGAACUUUGAUAGAUGUUUACAGGAAAAAACUCAGUAUUACAGAUAAACGAUUUAAAAUAAAUACGCUCAGAUUGACCUCUGGAGGAAGCGCUUUUUUUCGCCCUCCCUCGUUUUUUCUCUCCCAAGACGUCAGGACGGAUCCCUAUCACUCAGUCUCUCCUUCUGUGAUUUAAACAAAGACCGAAGUGUUUGGGGAUAGCAUGGCAAUGGUAGUAAACCAGUGGCCAGAGAACAUUUCUGCAGAUCCGGGGUCUCAGCUCCAGAUAUGCGGCCAGGAGCCCGGCGGGGCACCGGGAACUCCCAACGGUUCCACCCCAGGGAACGACGCACUUUCCGGGGACAAGAUCCCCAACGUGGACUGCAUGGUGUGCGGGGACAAGUCCAGUGGGAAGCAUUACGGGCAGUUCACCUGCGAGGGAUGCAAAAGCUUCUUUAAGCGCUCGGUGAGGCGGAACCUCUCGUACACCUGCCGGGGGAACCGAGACUGUCCGAUCGACCAGCACCACCGGAACCAGUGUCAGUACUGCCGGCUGAAGAAGUGCCUGAAAGUCGGCAUGAGAAGAGAGGGUAAGACCAUAGCUGUACAACGAGGACGUACAUCGAACUCCCAGAGCAGCCCAGGACAGUACCUGACCAAUGGCACCGACCCAUACAACGGCCAGCCCUACCUAUCCGGCUUCAUUUCUCUGUUGCUGCGCGCCGAGCCCUACCCCACAUCUCGCUACGGGGCCCAGUGCAUGCAGGGAAACAACCUGAUGGGCAUUGAGAACAUCUGCGAGCUGGCAGCCAGGCUGCUCUUCAGUGCUGUUGAGUGGGCCAAGAACAUCCCUUUCUUCCCCGAUCUGCAGCUCAUGGAUCAGGUGGCCCUGCUGCGCAUGUCAUGGAGCGAGCUCUUCGUCCUCAACGCCGCCCAGUGCUCCAUGCCGCUUCAUGUGGCUCCUCUGUUGGCAGCGGCAGGCCUGCACGCAUCGCCCAUGUCAGCAGAGCGCGUGGUGGCCUUCAUGGACCACAUCCGUGUCUUCCAAGAGCAGGUAGAGAAGCUGAAGGCCCUGCAGGUUGACACGGCUGAAUAUUCCUGCCUCAAGUCCAUCGUGCUCUUCACAUCUGAUGCUAUGGGGCUGUCAGACGUUGCCCAUGUGGAGAGCAUCCAGGAGAAGUCCCAGUGUGCCCUGGAGGAGUAUGUAAGGAACCAGUACCCCAGCCAGCCAAACCGCUUUGGACGCCUCCUCCUCCGCCUGCCUUCCCUGCGCAUCGUCUCCUCUCCGGUCAUCGAGCAGCUGUUUUUCGUUCGCCUGGUAGGCAAGACACCCAUUGAGACACUGCUUCGUGACAUGCUGCUCUCGGGCUCCAGCUACAACUGGCCUUACAUGCCCACCGUGCAGCGCGACCGACCCAUCUCCCUCCACUACAACGAGAACGGGCCCUGAGGUGGAGAGACAGACGGAGGAGAAGCUGUGGGAGAAAUACAGGCUGAAUGUCCAUCUGACUACUCAUCCAUCCAUCCUUCCUUCAUUCUCUGCGUUCAACUUCUCAGCUUUCCCAGAGGAAGCAUCGCUCUCACCAUUCCACUCACAAAUCCAGGUCGAUGAUAUAAUCCGUUACCGUCCCGGUUACACAAGCCAGCCAAUCAUUUACCAUGGCCAUUUCAGAGACUUGGUGGUCCCUCAGCCGACGGUGCAGUCUACAUUUGAGAUGUGGCACGAGAUGGACAAGUUGGUAGAACGGGUUAUUGCAGUUCACCAGCAGGUCUGUUGGACUCACUUCAGAUGUCAGUCUCACACCCCAUGAAAACAGGGGCAGCAACAGACAAAACAUUUGCUUUAUUGUUGGUGCUAUGCCUACAUUUACAGAGGCUGUGCAAAAGCACCUUAGCAUGGUGAAUACUGAGCAAGGGCUUUGCCAAUGGGACUCUACAACCAAGAGCACAAGGCCCGUUGUAUACUUACCAAUUUUUAAAAAGAAAGCCAGAAGCCAUUAAAAAAAAGACAAAUGCAAAAAUGUCUUGGACUUUUGCAGAGGACAUGUUUUGAUGUGUGUUUGUAUUAGCACUGUUUAUAUGGAGAGAAAAAAGUCAUGAUUGUGUCCAUAUGUACAGUAUAUCGUUGAUUCAUCUAAAGCAUAUUAGGGUAAAGCUCAGGUUCAAAGGGUGGGGAGACAGACAGACAGACAGACAUGCCAAUAUCAGUACAAGAGCAAAAAAGACAAACCCACUAAAAAUUUACACUUAUCAGCAGCCUGUGCCAAAGCUGGAAAAAGCAUAUUGUUUGGAUAUUUUUGUGGUAGUGUUGGUGAUGAAAGUUUAAUGUUUGGUUUGUCUAUAAUUUGACUAUAUACUUGUUUUUGGGUCUCAGGGGGAGAGAAGGAGUUUGUAAAAAAAGAAGAAAAAAAAGCUUAGGCACUUGCAUUGUAACCUAGUCAGAACCUACACUUAUUCACUCCUGUAAAAUCACAGCACUGGUAGAUUCAUGCUACCCUUAUGCCAUUUGAUUGAUCUACAUUUUUACUUAAAAAGGCCCAUUAAAACUCCUUACAUGUUGUUGUCAAUAUUGGACCUUUUGGACUGGGGGGGGAGCAUUUUACAAAACUAGCUGUACUUGCCUUAGAACAAAGAUUUUGUCACUGAGCAUUUAUCUUAUGACUGUGCCAUAAUCUCUCGUUACCUGUUAUAACAGGUAUUAUGUCCUGUCAGGAGGGGAAAUGGACUCACAUGAUGUCAAAUUGAUUAAUGUGCACAUAAAGUCACAUAUAGAAAAGUGAUGCAAAAUACAGAGAUUUUAUUAAUGCAUCAAUAGAGAGAAUAGGCAUUUCUGCUUUAUCAUCAGCACUUUCAUUUAGACCUCAUGCGAGUUCUUUUCCACUUCCUGAAGAUAUUGUCAUGUAGGGAAAACCCCCUCGACUCAUGUCGUUUGAGCUUAUCGUAGCGAUACCGUAGAGAAGUAUCACUAACCUCUGAAAACCUCAGUCUAUGUUACAAUAUUAUCGCAGUUGGACUUAUGACUGUGACUUAGCUUAGGACUAUUUUAAGUUUUUUUUUCUUCCCCUUGGUGGAAGCAAGUUUGUUUUGACAUUUUCACAUUUCCAACAUGGCACUGUGGUAUCAACAUUGGUAUUGGAAAAGCCAUCUGGGACCUUUAGAAAGCUGUCUGUUGAUAAAUGAAUUCACAGAAAGUUCCUAUGAGUUUGUUUUUAUCCCCUCUACUUUUGUUUGGAAAUAUGGAUUAUCCAUUAAUUGAAAUAAAAUUCUGUUGUUCACA